UUAGACAUCCGUAUUUUCCGGAAAUAAUCUGGACUUCUCCGUAUUUUCACUAGUGCUUACUUUCUCUUCCUCACCGGUCUAUUGCAAAUGGAUGCCACGACAAAACUGCUCCUGUGGAUAUUGUGACAAAUCACCGUCAAUUUACCAAACAUUACACACUCUGUAAAACUCCUGUAUCAUUUCUGGUGGAAUUAUAAUCUACAAGCUUCACACACAAGUUGUUAUUCUUUAUAAUUUGCCGAGAUUGCGAUACAAUCCCAUGGUUAUACUAGCUGAGUCAGGCUCAGCACAGUAAAUUGACGACAACCUGUCUUUACAUAUCCAGACAAGGAACGACAACGUAGCAACUUACAUACCUUUACACUGACAGUGGACUUCAUAUCUUGUGUAUACUCGACAGCAACCUAACAACGUUGAGUCAACAUGGAUCCCAGUCAUGAGGAACAACAAGAAGAGAUACAGACCCCAGAGGGAAAGGUUCCAGAUUUAGAACUAUUACAAAAUCCAUCUAAUACAAUCCAGGCAGAUGAAAAUCCCGAGGCAAGGCGAGUUCGUGACCUCACGGAAAAAGGACAAGGAGCUUUCACCGAAAAACGUGACAAGUUCUGUCAGGAACUAGAGGCUCUCUGGGCAGACAUUGAAUCCCAGUUAUUGGAAGUAACAGCGCCCCCUAACGAUCUCCAGCAACUCCUAACAGUCCAGGACAAACUUGUUAAAGCCUGCAAUAAUUAUCGUAGGCUCACAGAUGAAUACCUAGAAUUUCUGAAAAGGACCAGAACAUUGGAGAGUCAAAAAGAAAUUGAUGCAUGUAAACUCUCUUUGGAUUUACGUCUGUCCAAAGUGGAACUUGUUAUGGAAAAACUACACGAGCAUCGCCUCGCCCUAACAAAGGCCAAAUCCACUAAAACAAAGACCUCAAAAGGUAAGAAAACCUCACGCAGUGGUAGCUCUAACGUGUCAGACAUGUCAAGCCUAGCACGGAGAAAGCGUGCCAAGGCAGAGGCUGCCAAGUCUAAAAUAGCCUUUGUAGAAAAACAUGCCAUUAUCCUACAACAGGAAGCAAUGUUAGAGGAACAAGCCCUGUUCAGACAAAUUGAAAUGGAACAGGAAGCAGCACACAAAAAGGCAAAAAUGGAACAGGAAGCAGCACACAAAAAGGCAAAAAUGGAACAAGAAGUCGCUCAGGAGGCCGCACAGAGAACAGUUCAGUUAGAACAAGAGGCUAUGCGCAGGAAGGCUCAAAUGCAACAAGAAGCCGCACGAGUAAGCCGAGAAAAGGCCCAACUUAAAGCCAAAUUUAACCUUCUUGAAGCACAGAGAGAAGCUGCAGCCGCAGAAGCCGAGGCUCGUAUCCUGGAAUACGAUGAUAGCCAAGCCUUUAGCGAACUACCUGACGAAAAGGAAGACCCGCUCCAGCGUGUGCAAGAUUUUGUCAACAAACUUCCUGUAUCAACAGCUUUGAAGGAAGUGACAGCACCUCAAAAGAAAAGGCAAUUUCCUGUUAAAAUUGAGCUGAGCCACGAAGCACCAGCGUUCGUGCCGUCCGCGGCACUGAACUUGCUGUCACAGACAUCUGCUGUCUUACCUUCCGAUUCUAAGUCACCGGAAGUUACCUUUAUCCCAGAUCUGGGAUUAGUAACCGGCAUACAAAGACUAGGCCUUUCAGAUGAGAGCCCUACUGAACACCAAAAACAGGGUGUUAAAGAAACGAUCCCUGUCUUACGCCCAAAACAAGACUUUAUAGAAGAGAUCCCUGUUUCACACCAAAAACAAGGCAUAAUAGAAGAGAUCCCUGUUGCACACCAGCAACAAAUCAACCUCACAUCGGAGAUAACUAGAUUCCUCUUACGUAAGGACCUGCUUUUUUCCCGGUUAACGAGCUUUAACGAUCGGGCAGAAUCCUUCCAUACUUGGAAAGCAAGCUUCAAGAAUGUGACUGAUGAGUUACAAGUCUCUGACUCAGAACAGAUCGAUUUACUGAUCAAGUGGCUCGGUCCAGAGUCUGCUAAACACGCCAUUUGCAUAAGAGCGUCGAACGCCAAUAAUCCUACCAUAGGGAUACAGAGAUUAUGGAAGAGGCUUGACGAGCGGUAUGGUGCUCCAGAAAUGUUGGAAGCCUCUCUCAUGAGUAAACUUGCCAAAUUCCCUACCUUAACAAAUAAGGACAACACACGUCUCUACGAACUAUCUGACAUUCUAUCAGAAAUAGAAUAUCACAAGGAAAAUCCCAAGCUGGGAUGUUUGCUAGGAUAUUUUGACUCCUCAUCCGGGAUUAAUCCUAUUGUUGAAAAGUUACCGUACGGACUCCAAGAAAAGUGGACAACAAGGGCUACAAGAUACAAGUCCAAAUAUGAAGUUGCCUUUCCACCUUUCACAGAAUUCUCUGCCUUCAUCAGGGAAAUAAGUAAAACAAAGAAUGAUCCUGGGUUCAUCUUUGGGUCAAAAGCCACACCAAAUACAAAAGGUGCUGCGCCAAGGUCUACGUCUUACCCUAGGACUAAAGUUGGUGCUCAUAAAACAGCAGUUGAGCAGCAAUCUGGAGACGCCAGCAAACAAGGUCUUUGUAUUCUGCACAAUACAAAACAUUCCUUAAAUGAAUGUCGAGCGUUCCGAGCCAAGUCAAUAGAGGAACGCAAAGGUCUUUUAAAAGAAAACAAUGUAUGUUACAAGUGUUGUGAUUCUACCACACAUAGAAGCCGGGAUUGCAAUGCAAGCAUAAGUUGUAAAGAAUGUGGAAGUAAACAACACACUACCGCACUUCACAUCACGAGACCACAGCAACCUGCAAGUUCACAGUCUAGAUCGCCUAAGCAAGCCUACGGCGGGGAGCCUAUAGAAUCGGCUGAAACUAAGGCAACCUCAGUUAACUCUACCUGUACUGAGAUCUGCAAAGAUACAUAUAGUGGAAAAUCUUGUGCUAAAAUACUUCCUGUGAAUGUUUAUCACAAAGAUAACCAGUACAAAGUUAUUCGCAUGUACGCCAUCAUUGAUGACCAAAGCAACCGGUCACUAGCAUCGCCCGAAUUCUUUAAUCUUUUCGACGUCAAAGAUAAACCAGAAAACUAUACUUUAUCAACAUGCUCCGGCAAAGUAGUCACUUCCGGCAAAAGAGGAAGAGGUUUCGUCAUGGAAUCAAUCAAUGGUAAUGACAAGUUUGACCUUCCCGUACUGAUUGAAUGUGAUCAUAUUCCCAAUAAUAGGGACGAAAUACCUACUCCUGAAGUAACAAUACAUCACCCUCAUUUAAAAGAACUUAGAGGUAGCAUUCCACCAAAAGAGGAAAAUUGCCAAAUUCUUCUCUUAAUUGGCAGAGACCUUAUAGAGGCACAUCAUGUCCUCGACCAGCGCAUAGGACCACCCAGAACUCCAUAUGCACAACAAUUGAGACUUGGUUGGGUAGUGAUAGGAGAAACAUGCAUUAACAAGCAGCAUGUUCCUCUUGAGUUAAAUGUUAAAAUAACCAACAUUUUAACUACAGGACAACCUUCAACUUUUCAACCAUGCACAAGCAAGUUUGACAUCCGGGAAAACUACACAGACCCUGUAACAAAAGAUCUACAAUCGCCACUCUUUGAAAAAACAAGGGACGAUGAUAAGCCUGGACAGUCAUAUGAGGACAAAAUGUUCAUGAAACAGAUGGACAACGAAUUUGUCAGAGACUCGGAAGGAAGUUGGGUAGCACCGUUACCGUUCCGAGUGCCAAGACAGCCAUUGCCAAGCAACAGACCACAGGCUCUUCACCGUGCUAACAUGUUAGACGCCAGUCUGAAUAGAAAUCCAGUAAAGCGGGAACAUUUUCUUACAUUUAUGAGUAAAAUCUUAGAUAAUAAUCAUGCAGAACUCGCUCCACCAUUGCACGAACAUGAGGAGUGCUGGUAUUUGCCAUUGUUUGGUGUUUAUCAUCCGAAGAAACCCGAUCAGAUAAGAGGUGUGUUUGAUUCUUCCGCCAAAUGUAACGGAGUUUCACUAAACAGCGUCCUGCUUACAGGUCCAGACUUGACCAAUGAUCUCUUGGGAGUAUUGCUGCGUUUUAGGAAAGAAAUGGUCGCAGUAACUGCAGAUGUUCAACAUAUGUUUCACUGUUUUGUUGUCAGAAAAGACCACCGAAAUUAUCUGAGAUUUUUAUGGCAUAAAGACAAUGACCUACAGAAGAACCUUGUCGAAUACCGCAUGAGAGUUCAUGUUUUCGGGAAUAGUCCGUCACCUGCUGUUGCUACGCUUGGACUCAGAAAAGCAGCUCAAGCAUCAGAACAAGAGUUUGGCAGUCACGUGACUAGCUUUGUUACAAGAGACUUCUAUGUCGACGACGGUCUUACGUCAUGUCCUACUAAAGAGGAAGCUGUUAAGCUCAUGAAGGACACACAGCAAGCAUUAGCAAGAUAUGGAAACUUACGCCUUCACAAGUUUGCCUCUAAUUGCGCAGAAGUUAUGUCUGCAUUUCAUGCCAGUGAUUUGGCUUCAAAUCUUAAAGAUCUAGACUUAGAAUGCGACAGCAAACCCCUACAACGUAGUCUUGGUCUCAGCUGGGACGUGAACACUGAUAACUUCUUAUUUCAAUUAUCAUCAGAAAACAAACCGAUCACUCGGAGAGGAAUUUUAUCAACGAUAAACAGUCUCUACGAUCCUCUGGGAUUUUUGGCUCCGGUGAUUAUACAAGGGAAACUCCUAUUAAGGAAAAUAGUAUCAGAAACCGUCGAUUGGGACCAACCUCUCACUGAUGAGACAGCAGAUGAGUGGAAAUCUUGGAGAGAUACUCUAAUUGCUAUCGAAACAUUGCGCAUUCCACGUACCUACGUGCCGUAUCUGAGCAAAACCGCCACAAAGGAGUUGCAUGUCUUCUCUGAUGCAUCAGAAAAAGCCAUAGCAGCUGUUGCAUAUCUACGCACGACCGACAAUAGUGGUGAACCAAACAUAGGAUUCAUUCUUGGGAAAGCUAAAGUUGCACCAACAAGUGGUCAUACUAUUCCACGCCUUGAACUAUCUGCUGCAGUAUUAGCAGUCGAGAUAACACAGACCAUCAUGGAUAAUUUAGAUUUACAUAUAGACACCGUAAAAUUCUACACAGACAGUAAAGUAGUCAUAGGCUACAUAAGUAACGAGACAAGAAGGUUCUUCAUCUAUGUCGCCAAUCGAGUAGAGAAAAUAAGAAAAUUUAGCUCUCCAAGUCAAUGGAAUUAUGUACCAACUCACCGUAAUCCCGCAGAUUCGGGAACAAGGUCCGUACAAGCCCAUGAAAUUCACAGCAGCGAAUGGUUAUUAGGACCAAAACAACUUCUUUCCUCAGAACAGAAGAAUUCUGAGGAUAUAUACCAGCUAAUAGAUCCAGAAGAAGAUGGAGAAAUCCGUGCAACUGUUAAUGUUGCAAAAACAUUUUCCACACCUGAGCAUAAAGGUAUCGGAACUGAUAGAUUCAAUCGAUUCUCCAACUGGACAUCACUUGUGCGAGCGAUAGCCUUUUUGGAACGUUUCUCUCGCUUACACGGGUCAAAACAGGCAUCAUCAGUGACUUCUGUGGAUAGUUUUUCAAAUGCCGAAAAUUUCAUCUUAAUAUCUGCACAACAGGAAGUUUAUGGAGAUGAAAUAGAUUGUAUAAAACGUCAGGAACAAAUUAAUAAGCGGAGCCCGAUAGCUAACCUCAAUCCGUUUUUGGAUGAACGAGGACUAUUACGAGUUGGAGGCCGUAUUGUAAAAUCGGACUUGAACCUCCAUGAAAAGAAACCAUUGAUCGUCCCUGGACGCAAUCAUGUAGCAACAUUAUUAGUUCGACACUACCACAACAAGAUAAAACAUCAAGGUCGCCAUUUCACAGAUGGAGCGAUUCGAUCCGCAGGAUUUUGGAUCGUAGGAGCAAAACGCUUAAUCUCAUCUAUUAUUCACAAAUGUGUGACAUGCCGCAAACUCAGAGGAAAAACUGAGUAUCAAAUCAUGUCUGAUUUGCCAGAGGACCGUCUUGAACCUUCACCUCCGUUUACUAACGUUGGAAUAGACACCUUUGGACCCUGGACAAUUAUUUCACGUAAAACACGUGGUGGAUACGCCAACUCAAAACGUUGGGCAAUUUUAUUCACAUGCUUAGUGACAAGAGCUAUUCACAUCGAAUUAAUCGAGGAAAUGAGUUCUUCGGCCUUCAUAAACGCUGUCAGGAGAUUCGCCGCUAUAAGAGGCCAAGUAAAGAUUUUCCGAUCUGACCGUGGAACAAACUUUAUUGGCGCAAUCGACGAUUUAAAGAUUGACUCAAUCAACGUUGAAGAUGGACCCUUCAAGAACUUUCUGUACAACUCUGGUACAACUUGGAUCUUCAAUGCGCCGCAUUCGUCCCACAUGGGUGGAGCCUGGGAAAGAAUGAUUGGUAUCACCAGAAGAAUUCUUGAUUCUAUGCUUCUAAACGCAGCCGGAAGAAGCCUUACACAUGACGUGCUGAACACACUAAUGGCAGAAGUUUCAGCAAUAGUGAACUCUAGACCUCUGGUACCGGUAUCAACAGAUCCAGAGAAUCCGUUAAUAUUAACUCCGGCUAUGUUAUUGACACAGAAAACCGACUACGUUUUCACUUCAGACCAUCUUGGGGAAUUCGACAAACGAGAUCUCUGUCUUGCCGAAUGGAGACGAGUACAGGCUCUGGCCAGUGUUUUCUGGUCCCGUUGGAGGAAGGAAUACCUGCCGUUACUACAACAACGACGAAAAUGGACCGAAGAUCGCCGUGAUCUCAUCGAUGGAGACGUCAUUCUUCUUAAGGACAAAAACAUUUGCCGUACCCAAUGGCCCGUUGGAAUUAUAGUGAACUCAUUUAAAAGUUCAGACGAACAUGUCCGAAAAGCAGAAGUGCGAGUUAUCGUUAAUGGAAAAGCCACAACCUACACACGCCCUAUCGUGGACAUGAUUCUCCUCAUAGAGAACACUCCUGUGUAA